AUGACCAAUGAUGCUACUGUACCAACUGAAGAAGAGCCAAACAAUUUAAUUAUUUGGCUCGAUGAACAUAUUGGAGAUCUCGAAUGGUGUCAACAAUUGAAAAGAGCAUUUUCCACUCAGCCAGAUCCGAAAAAUCCAAUACCAGUGGGACUAUCGGACCUGGAGUUUGUAGAGAUACUCGUUUCAGAAGGUCAUAUGCCAGUGCAUUUCGAAGGUGUUCGGUUUUUAUUGGCUGCAUUUAAAGAUAUUGACAGUUGUUUUCACUGUUUUUAUCAGAACCGGCAUAAGCGUAUAUUUUUUAUCACAUCUGGCAAACUGGGAAAACAGGCAGUGCCAGAAAUUUUAGACAGAUUUAAAGACACCUUUACCGAUCCAGCGACUGAAAAACCAUACAUGUUUAUUUAUGUGUUUUGCCAAAAUAUUGAAUAUCAAGUCGAAUGGGCACUUGAGUACCGUAAUUAUAUUCAAAUAUUCAAUUUUGAGGCAGAUUUAUUAGCUCGUAUGAUGCGUGAUAUGGGCGAUUACUUUCUUACAGAAAGUAAACGUCUAUUAGAUGAAAGUCCUCCAAAUAAUCCAGCAGCUCAGCAUCGUUUGACUUGGGCAAAUGAAUUGUUUCAACGCUAUAGUAAAAUGGAAAAANUUCGGGUUGUUUUAUUAAAGCUAAAUUAA